CUGAGUCCUCAACACCCCAGCUGUGUACAGCAGGGGGGCUUCCCUCAGCCAAGUCUCCAACCACAGCAGGCUGUUGUUGAGUCUCCCGUCAGCUCUGAGAAGGGAAGCAUCAUCACCACACAAACAAUUCAAUACUCAAACAUCAGUAUGGAGAACACAUCUUCUCCAUCAUAUGCUCCCCAACAGUGUGGGUACCCACCUCCUCCACCAUACUCACCUCCGACCUUCCAAUCACCCAACUACACACAACAAGUAGCAGCAGGGGUGGUUCAACAAAAUCUUGCAGUCCAGCCCACACCUCAGCCUGCAGUGAUUCAACAGCCAGCUCAACCUGCCGUAAUCCAGGCUUCAAAUGCCGCAAUGAUGUUUGAAGCUGGGGUUUCAUCUCCUGUAAUCCAAUCUGCUGCUCAACCACCAGUUAUGCUUCAGCAACAGGUCGUAAUGCAGCCCGGAGGUCUACCCGCUGUUGCCCAGCCCCUAGGUGCGAUCCAGCCUAUGGUUCAGCCAAGGAUGAUCUACCAAACUCCAGCAGCAAACACAGUGGUAUAUCGCCAGUUAUUCUGAUUCCAUUCUCCACCUGGGUGGCUCCGUCCAGAAGAACCUGGGAGAACCUAAAGAACACGAAAUCACCAGCCUUU